CACAAAUCUGCAGUUACAGUAGUUGUGGAAGGAGAGUUCUGUUUUUCAAGGAGUUAUCAGCACAGGAAGCUUUAUUCUAGGAAGAACCACCAUGAUCUCUUUGUAACUGCACUGUGGAGCCCCUCAGGAGUGUACAAAGAGCAGGGACUCUGGCUGUGAGGAUCACUGGCAGGGAAUGAUGGGCAGCUCACAGCAAGCUGGAUGGUGCCAGAAACCCACAUCACCCACAGAGGCAAGAGCUGCUUUGAAAGUUGUCAGGAAGACGACAUAUAUCAUUGUCCUGCUCACCAUCGCUGUGGCCACAGAACUUACAGAGUACAAGAGAGUGUCAGAAACAGUAGGCAAGAGCUCUGUGCUCACCUGCUCUCCCAAAUCAGAUACGAUUAUGGCAACAUGGAGAAUAAGCUCCAAGGUUGGAGGAUUCUGCACCUUGGGAUACAGGGCUGAUGUGAACAAGACAAAGAGAGCGAACUGCAGUGACAGCGUGGACUGGAAAUUUAGACCAGAUCAGGAUCUUGCCCUUGAGAUACGGCAAGUAGGAAUAGCUGAUGAGGGAAAUUACACCUGCCAACUGAUAGAACUAGAUGGGAAUUUUUGGAAGACGUACCACCUGACUGUGCUGGUUCCCCCCCGGCUGAUCCUGUCCUGUGAUGAUCACGGGAACCCCGUGUGCAAGGCAGCGACAGGGAAGCCAGCUGCUCAGAUCUCAUGGGUCCUAGAAAGCAACUCCACCUCCGAGGAAGAAGACCAUGUCAACGGGACAGUAACUGUUCUCAGCAGGUUCACAGCAUAUAGCACCAACAUGAUUAAUAUGACCUGCAUUGUGUCCCACCCGACUGGGAACCAGAGCAAGUCCAUAGUCUGUCAACCCCCAAGGAACGGUGCACACUUUCUUCACUGUGUCAUCAGCCUUGCUAGUCUCCUGAGCCUCCUCUUCCUGCUUGCUGUUCUUCAUCUCUGCAUCUGUUGUGAUAGCAGGAUAAGGAGAAGGGCCUAUGUCUAACUCAGCAUCUGACCAGAGAUGAAAGAAACUCCCAGUGUGCCUCAGUCAGCAAUGGGAAAUGCAGCAGGGACUCAACAGCACCAAAAUGUUUGGGAAAAAGAAGUGAAUGUCUGCAGUGCAGCUGAUGUACCUGUGCAGGAACAUGGCACGCAGGGCAGAUGCUACCUGGCGUUUAUCAGCUCCAUCUUCCAUCAUCUCUCUAGGGCAACUAUAGAUGCUGUUAUCACUCAUGGAGUGUCAAUCUUUCUUUGUAAAACCAAAUCUAACAUACAUGCAACAGGAAAUUAGUUCAUGUUGUAUAAAAUGAGGUCAUUCCAUUUCAAAUAAAUUGUAUUCUAAUAUUUAAGUAUUGUGUUAUAGGAUAGAAUAAAACAGAAGACAUUUUCAUAGAAUCAUAGAAUAGUUUGGGUUGGAAGGGACCUUAAAGAUCAUCCAGUUCCAACCCCCCUGCCAUGGGCAGGAAUAUCCAAAUAAAUCAGGCUGCCCAAGGCCCAAUCCAACUCGUCCCUGGGGUUAACCAGGGUUAGUGAUGAAAUAAUCUGAAAAAUGAAAUGAGCACAAUUCUACAUCUUAAGUUUGCUUUAUGUAACUAUGAUACGAGGGGGGAAAAAUCCACUCUCUACAUUGAAUCUAAGCAGAGUGGAUAUUAAAAAGAAGAUGAUUUUGCUCUUUAAAGGUUUUGAUGUGCCAGUGUGAUGGUAUGUCAGAGGUGGAUGGCAAGAUCUGUGAGAUCCACUUGCAGACCUCAAGGCUAUUUCUGCAAAUUUAGGGAGAUGUGUGACCCUGGAUCUGCUCCAUCAUUACCUCCAACACCUGACUUGACACUUAAAGCUGAGAGUCCAGCAAUGAAGAUUUUUGCUGUGUUAGGUUGUACUCUAUGUUAGAUGGUGGCACAGACAUUUUAACUGUUGUGGUCCAACCCAGCAACAGCCAUGACACCAUGCCUGGUGGGGCUCAGCUUGAGCUGAAUUUGCAUUGGCUAAUCUGCAUGGAAAUGAAGAACAGAGAUGGUGGUGAUGAGAUGAGUUUUGCCUAACAGCUGAGGACAUGGCUUUAGGUUAA